GACCCAGAAGUCGCGUCAGAGCUCGAUACGGACCAAUCAGCACCUUCCAUGUAUUGGUUGAGGCGGGGCGAUAAGCCAGAGGAGGUGGAGGGGGAAGAUGGCGGCGGGGGCGAGGUGAGGUGUUGGCAGUAGUUAGGGGCUUGGGCAAGGGGGGGGAGGGGGGACACUCAGAGAUGGCUUGCGCUCGCGGCCGGCGCUGAUAAGUGGCCCUCGCGCCGCAGGUGUGGCGGCGGUAGCGGCUGCGGCGAGAGCGGGAGGGGAGGAGGGCCCGGGACAGCGGCGACUGACGGGCCCCGAGUGUCGCGAGCAUGACCGGGCUGUACGAGCUGGUGUGGCGCGUGCUGCACGCGCUCCUCUGUCUCCACCGUACGCUCGCGUCCUGGCUCCGCGUCCGCUUCGGCACCUGGAACUGGAUCUGGCGGCGGUGGUGCCGCGCCGCCUCCACCGCGGUCCUAGCGCCGCUCGGUUUUACCCUCCGCAAGCCCCCAGCGGCGGGCAGAAACCACCACCACCACCACCAUCAUCACUACCACCACCAUGCCCACGGCCGCGGGGCGCCCGGCGCGGCCCCCACCCAUCCCCGGCUUCGCUGGCGCUCGGACGGCAAGUCGCUGGAGAAGUUGCCGGUGCACAUGGGUUUGGUGGUCACAGAGGAGGAGGAGCCCAGCUUCUCGGACAUUGCAAGCCUCGUGGUGUGGUGCAUGGCCGUGGGCAUCUCCUACAUAAGCGUCUACGACCACCAAGGUAUUUUCAAAAGAAAUAAUUCCAGAUUAAUGGAUGAAAUUUUAAAACAACAGCAAGAACUCCUGGGCCUAGAUUGUCCCAAAUACUCGCCAGAGUUCGUGAAUAGUAAUGACAAAGAAGAUCAAGUUUUAAAUUGCCAAUCAUCAGUGAAGGUGCUGUCUCCAGAAGAUGGAAAAGAAGAUAUUGUAAGAGCUGCCCGAGACUUUUGCCAGUUAGUAGCUCAGCAGCAAAAGAAAUCUACAGACAUGGAUGUGAAUAUUUUAGGCAAUUUACUUAGUUUGAAUGGUUUCCCUGACCCUGAUUUAGUAUUGAAGUUUGGUCCUGUGGACAGCACAUUAGGAUAUCUUCCUUGGCACAUUAGAUUGACUGAAAUUAUCUCUUUGCCUUCACACCUAAACAUCAGUUAUGAGGACUUUUUCUCUGCCCUCCGUCGGUAUGCAGCCUGUGAGCAGCGUUUGGGAAAGUGAUCAUAGAUUGCACUGCUUGAAUUCAAGCUUUUGGAGGAAAGGACCCAAGGGAUUCUGAUGUUUACAAGCACCUGUGAUCAAUUCUGCAUAAACCCAGUUCACAAUCCUCCUCAUAAUUUAUCAACAAACUCAGAAAAGUGUCUUACUUGAGAGUGAAUGUGUGCGUGUAUGUGUGUGUGUGCAUGCGAUUGUGAGUAUGAAAGUAAAUUUAUAAAUGGGAAGUAUUGGAGAAGGAACUAUAUAGACCUGCAGCUUUGAAGGGAAAAAAACACAACACUAUCCAAGUCUGAAAUGUAGGCUUCUCAAAGGCUUCAGCCUCAACCUCUUCCCUAUUUUUGUGGGGAGAGCUGAGGAGGAAUGAUUGGAGCUGUUUGGUUAUUUUUGGGGGACUUUGAGGGAGGGAUGGGAGAGGCAGUGGGUUUUUUUCCUAGUGACCAAAAUUUUAAGUUUUAAAAAUAAUGGUAUUGACUCUCUCUAUUAAGUGGAAGCAUUCUAAGUUUGAGAACUCUCCAGUUUAACAGUUUGGCGUGUUGCUCACAUUUUAAAAGCAUGCACCUUUGGAGCAAAGAGGGAAUUUCACUUGUCAUCAGAUGUCCGUCCAUUCCUGUCCCUUACUGCAUCCUGAACCAGCUGGGUCAUUUUAGAGCCCUUGACCUGGUGUGCUUGUUUAUAAUAUGGACUGUGAACGUCAGGGAUAAAAAUGUUUUGCUACUUUGGAAAUGAACAAUUCCUAAAAUGUUUUAUAAUUGGAAGUGGUUGUCCAGCAGUAGUAUGAGAAACAAAGGGAUAGUAAGUUCCCUGAGACUUGAAAAAGCAGCUUUGGGUUCUUCUUUAGGGGAUGGUUUGUUUUUAAGCAGCAUUCAAUCUUGGCAUUAGACCUAUAGUGUCUAACUGUGUCCAUUUACAAAUAGCAAGCAAGUGAGGGAAGUUAACAAAGGCAACUGGUUAUCCCCUCCAGAAGCAAUCCAGCAUUUUCAGAAUUCUUCCCUCCUUGGAGUAGCAUAUUUAAGUUUCUAUUAAUGGAGCUAUAAACAGUUUUUAUAUGGCACUAAUUGGAUUUUUAAAUUUUUUUUUAAAGGAUUGAAGCCUCUGAAGGGAGUUAAAUAUUACCAAAGUCUACAAAAUGACUGGACUUAAGUUUUUGUUGUUGUUGUUGUUGAUUCUUUUUAUGAGAGAGAAAAUAGCACUGGUUCCAUUUUAUUUUUAAAUAUGAAUAUUUUUUUAGGCAUUUAAUCAUUGCCUCUUCCCUCAUUCCUGCUCAUAAAUUAGGCAUAAGUCACUGUUGAGAUUUGCUAUGUUCGUUUUGGGGAGAACCUGUCUGCUACAAGUGUACAAUAUUUGCACUGGAAUUGUCCAUUUGGAGUAGGGUCUUACUUAAAAUUUAGGUUUCAGAAGCCUGUAAAGUAGUUGAAGACUGGAUUCAGAGAGCAUGGUCUGUAAUUGUCCAUCAAGUUCUGAGGCUAUGAAGAAUAAAUGUAUCUCAGCAAUGGGUAAUAAAAUCCCCACAUAUGAUUUUGAAAAUACACUUGAAAUAAAAUCCAUUAAAAACUGAAACUUGGUCAAGUGAUAUUACUUUGCACUUCAUGUUAUUUAUAUGUUGAAACACUCUGGGUUUUUUAAAUAUUAAUUUAUUGCUGAAAGUUUUAUCUUGAUUGAAGCUACAGCAUACCUCUUACUUAUUCUUUGCUGAUGAACUAUAGAUUAUUAUUCCAAUGUUGUGUUCCAGGUUUUGCUAAAAGUUUUGCUUUUAUUAUAGAUUGUACUAUUCCUGGUAACUUGGAGAUGAGCUGGAAAUGUUAUAUUUGAUUUUAAAGGACUAAAAAACCUUAAGGGAUCAUACCAAGUUGAACGGAAUUGAUAUAAUAUUUGCAUAUUAAGUUGAAUACAGUAAUAGUCAAACAUAUUACAUGUAAUAGAGCAUUAAAAUGAUACAAUUUAAAAUUAUAAAUCUGCUCUAUUUUCUUCUCCUUUCAUUUCUUAAAAACUAUAUCUUGCAUUUAAAAUAAAAGAUUAAGCUGUGAUCUGAGUAGUUUGUAUAAUCCUUGAGAGAAGGAUAAUUGAGGUUGCUUGAAGCUCUGAGUUUAGAUAUGAACAUCUAAAAUCUCAUUUAUGUGAGCUGUACUGCAUUACUAGGAUAAUUUUUUUUCUUUUCUAGCAUUGGUUUUUAUUGCUAGUUAUUCUCAUCCCAAUCAGAUUGAGUUAUGUAUUCUCUGUUCCCAAAAGGAAUCAAAAUUUAAAGAAAAGUAUUAUUUAUCUUUCUGGGUAAUUAAGGGCAUUUUAAAAUUGUUUAUUCUUUUUAACAAUCUCCUCAGUGGUAAAAUAUCCAAAUUGAAUUACUCAUGUCUAGCUAUAACUUGGAGCACAGCAGGAAUUUGGACAUUUGGGUUUAGUUGAGAUAUGUUCUCCAGUUUCUUACAGAUUUCUAAUUACCAGGUGAUGAAAUUGGGAAGCUAUUUUGGUUUCUGAUAGCAAAUGAUUAUAUAUUGUGACUAAAGCUUACCUGUCUUUGAGAGGCAGAUGUUAACUUUACAAACAGUGCCAAAUACACUGUGCAUAUCUACAACUUGAUCUUUGAAUGUAUGUCCUUUGGUUAGCACUUCCCAUUCUGUGUGAUGGUACCAUGUGUAGAGACAAUUAAGUCCUCAUAAUAUUCUGUAUGGCCGUAGACUUUGGAAACAUGUAAAUAAUGUGUAAAGCAAGUUUUUAUGAUUAAGGAAUCAAAUUUAUUGAAUUUUAUUAUUGAAAGUUGAACCUGAACAUGUAUGACAAAAAGAAACCAAUAAAAGAAUAUAAUCUUUC